CAAACAGUAUCCCUCUCUCUCUCUCUCUAACUUUCUCUCUCUAUCUGGGGACUCAUCGGAGCUUCGUAUGAGCGCCAUACCCACACCGUCGGAUCUCCAUCCAAUGGCGAGGCACAUGAGUAACGGCGAAGCGGCCGAGCCGUCGCCGAAGCAACCGCCGGUGUUCGGCUCCUCCGCUUCCUUCAAGGCUCGGAAAAAGUCUCACGCCGGCGCGCCUGCCGCCGCCGCCGCGACGGUUGGCCGAGUCGGCGCUGAGGUCGACGACAUCAUCACUCUCCUCCACGGCUCCGAUCCGGUCCGCGUCGAGCUCAACAGGCUUGAGAACGAAUUUCGAGAUAAAGAUAGGGAAUUGGGAGAUGCACUUGCAGAAAUCAAAUCCUUAAGGAACUCGGAACGCCUUAAAGAGAAGGCAGUUGAAGAGUUGACAGAUGAGCUAAAUAAAGUUGACGGAAAACUUAAAGCUUCUGAAGCCCUUUUGGAGAGCAAGAAUCUUGAGAUUAAAAAAAUAAAUGAUGAGAAGAAAGCAGCUUUGGCUGCACAAUUUGCCGCAGAAGCCACUCUUCGUAGAGUCCAUGCUGCACAGAAGGAUGAUGAAAUGCCUCCAAUUGAGGCCAUUAUCACUCCACUGGAGGCAGAGCUUAAGCUUGCUAGGCAGGAGGUAGCAAAGUUGCAGGAUGAUAAUAGAGCACUUGAUCGGCUAACAAAAUCAAAGGAGGCUGCUCUGCUUGAGGCUGAGAGGACUGUUGAAAUUGCCCUGGCAAAAGCAUCCUUGGUUGAUGAUCUGCAAAACAAAAACCAAGAACUUCUGAAACAGAUAGAAAUUUGCCAGGAAGAGAACAAAAUCCUUGACAAAAUGCAUAGGCAAAAAGUUGCUGAGGUUGAAAAGCUGACUCAAACGGUUCGUGAGCUUGAAGAGGCUGUUCUGGCUGGUGGUGCUGCAGCCAAUGCUGUGCGUGAUUACCAGCGAAAAGUGCAAGAGAUGAAUGAGGAGAGAAAAACUUUGGAGCGGGAGGUGGCUCGUGCCAAGGUUUCUGCAAACCGUGUAGCCACUGUAGUUGCAAAUGAGUGGAAAGAUGCCAAUGACAAAGUCAUGCCUGUAAAGCAAUGGCUUGAAGAAAGAAAAUUCUUUCAGGGAGAAAUGCAACAGCUUCGGGAUAAGUUGGCAAUAGCAGAGCGCACUGCAAAGGCAGAAGCACAGCUAAAGGAAAAGUACCUAAUGCGCUUCAAGGUUUUGGAGGAAAGGCUUAAACGAUCUAAUGCUGGUUCUCGCACAGCCUCAGAAGCAAGAAGCACAAGCAACGGGAGUUCAAGGCGCCAGUCCCUUGGCGGAGCUGAGAACUUCUCUAGAUUGUCUGCCAAUGGAUAUCUAUCAAAAAGAAUUUCAAAUCCACAAGCAGGUCUCCAACGUUCCAAUAGCGCUGCGGUGCUACUAAAGAAUGCCAAGGUUUCAUCAGGAUCAUUUGAUGGUGGUAGCAGGUCAGUUGAAACAGAUAAGCUGAAAGACAAUGUACCCUCCAAUGUCAGUGAUCAGACGGAAAUGACGGGGACAAAUGGUAGAAAAGAUGACGGUCCAAAUGCCACUCCUACUGGAAAUUCCAGAACAGAACGUGAAGAUUAUGUUUCAGGAAUGUUGUAUGACAUGUUACAGAAAGAGGUUAUAACUUUAAGGAAGGCCUGCAAUGAGAAAGAUCAGACCCUCAAGGAUAAAGAUGAUGCCAUUGAGAUGUUGACAAAGAAGGUUGACACAUUAAACAAAGCAAUGGAAGUUGAGGCGAAGAAAAUGCGAAGGGAAGUGGCUACCAUGGAAAAAGAAGUUGCCGCCAUGCGUAAUGGCAGUGAGCAUGAUCAGAGGACAAGGCGCCUUAGUGCUUCUAGAGCGGCGGUAUCGAUGACUCGUUCUCUUUCUACGAGGAUUGCAAGAAAGUAAAUUGAUGUUGUGCAAUGACCAAAUGUCAAAAAUUUUACUCUCCGGCUCUGCCAUCAAUAGAAUUUGUAUGGUUUUGUCAUGAUUCUUUACUCAUCAAAUAUCUGUGUCUAUUUUAAGUAUAUUAUUGGUCUAAUUUGUAAAGAAUGACUUCAGGCUUUUCAGGAAAACGUCCUGCAAUGUAUAUUGCUUGUACUAAUACAACUAAGAAAUACCAUUAAGAGUGGAAUGAAA